UUUUGACAGAUUUGAUAAUUUGACAUAACAACUGACAUAUGUUUAGUGUUUACUUCUUGCAGAUUUACUUAAUGAUUUCAAAGUUUUUCAAUUUUACAACUAUUCCAAAUUAAACUUUUCAAAAUGAUGAAUCCUGCAUCUUUAUUUGGUAUACAAAGCACAGCUGGUGCUGUCCCAGUUCGAAAUGAAAAAGGGGAAUUAUCUAUGCAGAAAGUCAAGGUACACAGGUAUGUGUCUGGCAAACGUCCCGAUUAUGCACAGGAUCAGCGAUCAGAUUCCGAAAGUGACGAUGAAGACUUCUUGGAAAAACGUAAUCACGCGCCCGUUAAACCGCCUAGCCCAGAGGCGCCCAAAAGUGACGACGAAAUGAACGAUCCAAGGUUACGGCGUCUGAAAAUUCGGGAAAACGAUACAGAAAUAAGACCGGAACGUCGUCGGCACGUUCACGAGCCCGAAGUGCUACAAACUUCGGAUGAAGAGGAGGAAGAAGAGCCGAUUAAUCUUCCUGAACCGAAGCACAUGUUAGAGGCUCCAGACGAUGAUGAGUCAGAAGCAGAACUGAGCGACAGCGAACUUGAGAAACGCAGGCAGUUAUUAAAACAGAGAGUUUUAAGUAAACAGGAGGAUCAGGAAUUUCUACUUAAAGAGGAAGAGCAUCAGGAUACCGAGUCAUCUGAGAGUUCAGAAUACGAGGAGUAUACAGAUUCAGAGGAAGAAACGGGUCCAAGAUUAAAACCAAUUUUUGUACGUAAACGAGAGCGUAUAACCAUACUAGAAAAGGAGAAGGAGGCUCAAAGGCAAAAACAAAUCGAGAUAGACGCUUUAAAGCAAGCAGAAGAACGUCGUAGGCAAACUCUAAGAAUGGUGGAAGAUUCAAUUAGAAAAGAUCUUCAAGCUAAAAGCAAGGACACUAACGAGCCAAAUUUACAAGACGUGUGUACGGAUGACGAAUAUGACGAGGUGGAGUAUGAAGCUUGGAAGUUACGUGAACUAAAGCGUAUUAAACGCGAUCGUGAAGAAAGAGAAGCUAUCGAAAAAGAACGCCUCGAAAUAGAUAGAAUGCGCAACAUGACAGAAGAAGAACGGCGGUUAGAAUUGAGGUUAAAUCCGAAAGUAACGGUCAACAAGGCGGUUAAGGGGAAAUACAAAUUUUUGCAGAAAUACUAUCACAGAGGUGCUUUCUAUUUGGAUAAAGAAGAUGACGUGUUGAAAAGAGACUUUGCUCAGGCAACGCUCGACGAUCAUUUUGAUAAAACAAUUUUGCCUAAAGUUAUGCAAGUUAAGAACUUUGGUAGAUCGGGCAGAACUAAAUAUACACAUUUGGUUGACCAAGAUACUACACAGUUUGAUUCUCCUUGGGUGGGAGAAACUGCUCAAAAUUUAAAGUUUCACGCGUCACAAGCAGGCGGUAUGAGGCAAGUGUUUGAGAAACCGUCAUUAAAAAAGAGAAAAAUACAACAGUAAUUUUUGUUAUAUACAAUAGGUUUAUUUAUACUUCACAUUUUAAGUAAUUUGUACCAUGGUAGGUAUCACACUUUUGAAAGUAAUAAUUAUAAUUUGUCCCAAGAGGUUUACUUUGUGAUUACAUUUUUUAAUUAUGGUUAUUCAUUUAUUUACUACAAUUGUUCACAUUGUUGAUAAGAAUAUUCAGAAUAAACUGGGAUGCUGUAAUCAGUUGUUAGUUUUUAAAACGCGCUUAGACAUAUACUUCCAAUUAAUGCAAUUAUUUAGGCCGUACUAUAAUAGAUUAAUGCAUUAUU